AUGCAGGACAGCAGCAGCAGCAGUACACACCAGCCGUCGCGGCCGCUGCAGCCCAAGGCGACGACACGCGGGCAGGAACGCAUCCUCGAGUCUCCCACGGUCAAGAGACGACGAGUGACCGUCAUCGCCUGCCAUCACUGUCGUCUGAAGAAGAUCAGGUGCGACGGCCAGAAACCCGCAUGCUCCUCUUGCGCGACCAAGCUCGUCCCCUGCACGUACCGCGACGCCGCGCGCGAGGGCGGUCGGUCCUCGUCGGCGGUGCCGGGCGUGCUGCGGAUGCUAGGGCAGCUGCGCGCCGCGGAGCUGGUGCGCGUGGUUGGGCGGCUAAAGGACGAGGCCGAUGCGGAGACGAUACUGUCGACGAUUCGGGGGAGCGUGGAGGAACAGCGGCGGAGAGAUGAGGAGAGCGCGUCGCCGUCGACGACGGUGCGAGGGCCGAGGACGCCGCCGGACGAUCCGCCGCCGCCGCCGCCGCCGCCGCCGCCGCUGGAUGAUGAUGUGGCAGCGGCGAUGGGUGCGGCUGGGGGCUUGGAUGUGCAGUGGUUCUGGCCGGCGUGUCAGCCGACGACGACGGCGACGACGACGACGACGACGACGACGAUGGGAAUGGUUGACUUUGCGCCACUCGGGGGCGUGCCGCAGGUUGUUGACGUGUACUGGUGGCCAAAGGCGUGGGCACGUCAGCCAAACGAAUUUUGA